CAGCACUCUUCCUUCGUAAGUGCCAUCACCAUUCUGCAGACUGCAGUAAAGAAACGAAGUUGGGCCUCGCUCUCGCCCCUAGCUUGCUACUCUACGAUGGCGGGAAAAGGUAAGGAAUCUGCAUGGUCUCACCAACCGGCGUCGUCUUCGGCGUUCACGUCGAAGACGAGCAAGACCAAGCUUCAACAAACUGACACCGCUCACCCGACCUCAAGUCUCUCAGGAGCUCAUCUGACCUCAUCAGGGGCGUCGCACUCAGCAACUCAUGGGAACACAUCAGGGCCACCGCUCUACUCGACAGAUCAGAAAACGAUGUGCUCAUCAGGGGCGCCGCCAAUCUCAGGAACCCACGGGAACUCAGCAGUGUCAUCCUUGUACUCGAACGUGGAGAAGACGGCGAAGUCAUUGGCCUCGAUGCUCCCUGACCCGAUCGCGAUGGCGAGGAGUUACACCAUUUCAGGGCCAAACUUCCAAUCAGGCUAUCAGAAUCCGCAAGGCAGCAACACGAGCAACACGGCCGUCACAGGGCUGAAACUCCAGCUUGAAAAGGAAAAGAAGUCCGCUGCAAACUUACGAGGAGAGCUUGGCAGGGAGAGAGAUGAGGUGGUAAGAUUAAAAGGACUGCUGCUUAAAAAGGAGGCGGGAUGUAAAGCAGAUCAUAUAACAGAGCUUAAAACGCUGAAAGAUGCCAACCACAGAUUAUCAGGCCAGCUUACGGAGGAGAGAGAUGCUGUGCGGGCGUUCAAAACAGAGCUUAGAACACAGAAAGAUGCAGCCCACAGGUUGAAGACUCAGCUUACACUGGAGCAACUCCAACUUGAAAAAGAGAGAGCGGCCAUCAAAAGCAUGCGAGGGGAGCUUCAAACCAAGGGAGCUGAGGUGUUACGGUUAAAAGGACUACUACUUAUAAAGGAGACGGAAGUCGGGUGGGCGUUGAAAGCAGAGCAUAAGACAGAGCUUAAAAAGCUAAAAGAUGCCGUCGACAGGUUAUCAGGUCAGCUUAAAGAGGAGAGAGAUGCGGUGCAGGCGUUAAGAACAGAGCUUAAAACAGAGAAAGAUGCGGUCCACAGGUUGAAAACUGAGCUUGCACUGGAGCAUCAACGCACUCCGGUGUCGCUUCAAAAGAAGGACCAAGAACUUAUCAGCAUGAGGAAACAGCUAGGAGAAGCAGAGUCAAACCUUAAAAGUUCAGUUGAGUCUUGGAAAGAGCUACAAAUAUCAUAUGACGAACUCAACAGAAAGAAAGAAGAACUCAUUAGGUCGAAAACUAUGGCGGAAGUUUAUGAAUAUUACCGCCGAUGGAGCGAGGAUCAAUCUAGCAGGUCACUUGGCAUGAAAAAGUAUGAUUCUUGGCAGCUUGAGAUGGCAGUGAACAGGGCAAGCAAGGAGUCUACUGGGAAGACCAGAUGUGGCGCCGUGUAUAAUUCGGAACUUGACCACAAGGAAGUAGCCAUUGAAAUUCUCAAUAACAAAAGCUACCAAAGGCAGCAAGAUUUCAAUCAAAAGGUUGAUACCCUCACAAAUAUCAGGCAUCCAAACUUGGUCAGUUAUAUAGGAGAAUAUGAAAAGAAAUACGCACUCAUCUGUGAACAUUUACCUGACGGCACACUUCAAGAUCGGCUUGUUAACAAGAGGCAAACUUCAUGGGAAGAAAGAAUUAGAAUAUCUGCUAGCAUAUGCUCCACUCUUUUGUUCCUCCAUAACAUGAAGCCUAGUCCGGUCAUUCACGGCGAUCUUGAAGCACAAAACAUCUCUUUCGAUGCAGACAACGUAUGCAAGCUCAGUGUUUUCGGAAUGUCCUAUUCAACGCAACACACCACCACCACCACCACCAACAACAACAACAACAUAGUUCCCUCAAUUCAGUCGGACAUAUCGGCUUUUGGUAUUGUGUUGCUGCAGAUAGUUACAGGGCAAGCAGAAAAGGAUUUGGUGAGAAAGGAGGUACUUAAGAUGGGAGAUCUUAAUCAGUUCCAGGAGAAGGAUAUAGGGUGGCAGAGGGAAGUGCUUAGAAAUAAAAAGAUUGUGGAUGAUAAGUUAGAUAACUGGCCAACCGAAGAUGCUGUGAAGAUGCUGGUAUUGGGCCUCAGAUGCAGCCACCCGGAAGAGAAUGAGCGUCCAGACCUCGCAACUGAAGUUUGGACUCAAAUAUCGUCCAUGAAACGGGGUGCGUCCGAAAGCCAGGGGAGACCAGGAGGCCUAUUCGGACGAUAAAAUCCAAGUGCCUUAUACUUGUACAUGGUGUUUUAGUUUCCUUUCCUAAGUGUGUCUUGGAACA